GCCGGUCGCCCGUACAGCGGCAAUGCCCCGCAGCCCGGCCGCGGCCCCCGGCCCGCCCAGCUAGCCCCGCGCCGGGACUCUCGGAGCAGCGAUGGGCAACACGGUGCACCGGACCCUGCCAGACUCCAGCCCUCCUGCCCGCCUCCUGGCCACCCGCCCUUGCUACGGCCCUGGCCCCGAGAGGCGUGCUGUCCUGGGUGAGGCACCACGCUUCCACGCGCAGGCCAAGGGCAAGAACGUGCGGCUAGACGGCCACUCGCGCAGGGCUACACGGCGCAACAGCUUCUGCAACGGUGUCACCUUCACGCAGCGGCCCAUCCGCCUGUAUGAGCAGGUACGGCUGCGCCUGGUGGCCGUGCGUCCUGGCUGGAGCGGUGCCCUGCGCUUCGGCUUCACUGCGCAUGACCCGUCUCUCAUGAGCGCGCAGGACAUUCCCAAGUAUGCCUGCCCGGAUCUGGUCACAAGGCCUGGAUACUGGGCCAAGGCGCUGCCUGAGAACCUGGCGCUUCGGGACACGGUGUUGGCGUACUGGGCGGAUCGCCAUGGCCGCGUCUUCUACAGCGUUAACGAUGGUGAACCGGUGCUGUUCCACUGUGGCGUGGCCGUGGGGGGCCCACUCUGGGCACUUAUCGACGUCUACGGCAUCACCGACGAAGUGCAGCUGCUGGAGAGCACCUUCGCGGACACACUGACGCCCCUGCGCUUGGGCCAGGCCCGCCUCAGCGCCUGUCCUCCUCCCGGCAGCCACGACACCGCAAACUUCGACAACAAUGAGCUGGAGAAUAACCAGGUGGUGGCCAAGCUGGGUCACCUGGCUCUCGGCCGUCAGGACGCCGCCGUCCCGUGCGUGCCCCGCGAUCGCGCGCGGCCCGCGUCGUCCCCCGCGUUGCUGGACGCAGAGCUGCGCUUCCAUGCCACGCGCGGCCCCGACGUGAGCCUGUCAGCCGAUCGCAGGCUGGCCUGCGCGUCCCGGCCCGACGGCGGCCGCACGCUGGUGUUCUCCGAGCGGCCACUACGGCCGGGGGAGAGCUUGUGCGUGGAGGUGGGCCGGCCGGGACUGGCGGCACCCGCGGCUGUGGCCUUUGGCAUCACAUCAUGCGAUCCUGGCGUGCUGCGGCCAUCCGAGCUGCCCGCCGACCCCGCCGCGCUGCUGGACCGCAAGGAAUACUGGGUGGUGGCGCGCGCCGGGCCGGUCCCUAGCGGCGGCGACGCUCUCAGCUUCACCCUGCGGCCCGGCGGCGACGUACUGCUGGCGGUGAACGGGCGCCCGCGGGGACGCCUGCUGUGCGUAGACACCUCACAGGCGCUCUGGGCCUUCUUCGCGGUGCGCGGCGGAGCGGCGGGCCAGCUGCGCCUUCUGGGUACCCUGCAGUCCAGCCCUGAGACCACAACCCCAUCCGGGUCCUUCAGUGGCUCCCAGGAUGACAGCGAUUCAGAUAUGACCUUCGGUGUCAACCAGUCUUCCUCGGCAUCAGAGUCGUCUCUGGUGACCGCCCCCAGCUCCCCGCUGAGCCCCCCAGUGUCCCCAGUUUUCUCUGCACCUGAACCAGCAGGCAGCAGAAACGGAGAGUGCACAGUGUGCUUCGACAGCGAGGUGGACACGGUCAUCUACACGUGUGGACACAUGUGCCUCUGCCAUAGCUGCGGCCUGCGGCUCCGAAGGCAGGCACGGGCCUGCUGCCCCAUCUGCCGGCGGCCCAUCAAGGAUGUCAUCAAGAUCUACAGGCCAUAGGUGCCGCUGGCUCGGCCAAGGCGAGGUCACCUUUCUGAAGCCCCUGUCAGGUGGGCGACACCACGGCCACCAGGGAGCCCGAAGUCAGAAGCCAUCUCUCAUCUGCCACUCCGCAGUGAUGAGCAAGGCAGGACAGGUGUGGUGAUGAGGCCCUGGGGGCCUGAGCCCAGGCAGGCAUUGCUUCUGGCUCAGACACACGCCGCCCCCAAAAGCCUGUCCCAAGAUUCAGCUCAGGAACUGCCUGGCAGAUCACCUGCCUCUUGGUGACCUUCCGCUGGGAAAGGGUGCCCUCUGUCUGUGCAAUGCUUCUUCGGGGUUAGGUUGAGUGUGUGUGUGUGUGUGUGUGUGUGUGUGUUGGGGUGGGAGUGGGGGGAGAGACAGCACAGGGAAUGAAUGAGAGCGAACGGGUGAGGGCGUGUGUGCGGAUGUUCUGUGCGGGGUUGUGUCGUCUCCCGGAGGGUAUUUAACACUAAGGAAUGUGCAAUCCGGGCCCAAAUGUUAAUGUGAUGGUUGUCCACUUUCUGGGGAUGUGGUUUUCUGCAACGAGCUAGCUUUGAACACAUGAGGCCUGAACCUACCUACACAGAACUCCUUCGACGGUAUGGAAAGGGGCACUCACACUUCCUAAGGGAAAGCAAAAAUAGCUUCACUGUUUACAGCUCCCAGAAGCAGCUCUUGCUGAGGGGGAAGGUGGGCGGGGACAGAAGAGCACAGGUGGCUCUCACUGCUUACUCAGACUAGAAGCUGCCUUCCCAUGGCGGCUGAGGACAGGUGCCCCAAGCCCCAGCAUCCUGGAUUCCUUCAUCCCCAGCCAGUAGAACAGUAAGCGCCUCACCUCUCAGCCCCAUCCCUACAUGCCCUGGAGUUUUAUAAUGCCCCUCCUGUUCUCUGGGGGCGACUUCAUAACUCCUAUGGUAGAAUUAAGGAGAGCUGUGGGCAUGUCCCAGCCACCACCUGGCAGAAGCUAGAAGACCCAGACUCCCUAUCUGGACUGUGUCCUGAUCCUCUCGUUCUCCUCUUGACUAUUAAGGUGUUAACUAAUACACUUGUUAGAUACUUGUGAAGAGCUGACUGAGAUGCUCCCCACUCCUGGACCUGUUUGCUGACAUUUCCCAGGACCCUGGCCCUGGCCCUGGUCCCCUCUCACUGGGCCAGACUGGUUUCUGUAGGCUCCCAGACCUUGCCUUUGCUGAUGUUCUAGCCAGGCGUGCCCCUCCCUUCUGAAGAGCCGCCGUUCCGGCAUUCCAUCUGCCUGCUGGGAGCUGUACCUUUAGAAGGGUUUCUUGGCCGCUCUGUUUCUCGGUUCCUACUUGGAAACCUGGUGCCAGGGCACGCGGGAGACCCACAUGUUCUGAGAAAGCUUGAGGCAGCUUGUGAGGAGCAGCUUUUUCUCACAGCUCCUCAUCUGACCCAUCUCUUGCCAUGAGGGAGGAAGGGGGAAAAGAAGCAUUUAAGAAGCGAGGCUCGUAGGACAGACUUUGACAGGAGCCAUGGACCACUUGACAGAGGCCCAAGCCGCAGUCAGUGUCCCUGGGUGGCAGAGCUCCAGGCCUGUGUUGCUUCUCUGUUUGGGAGGGGCUGGGUCUGACUCAGUCAGAGCUUCCCCAUUCCUGUCCCCAGCAAGAACUUUUCCCUUGGGGACUGCAGGGUACAUGUCCAACCUUUCUCUUUGCAGUUUUUUUUUUUGUUUGUUUUUUGAGAAAGUGUUUCUCUGUGUAUUCCUGGCUGUCCUGGAACUCUUUCUGUACAUCAGGCUGGCCUCGAACUCAUAGAAAUCUGCCAGUCUCUGCCUACUGAGUGUUGGAACUAAAGGUAUGCACCAUACCUAUCUGGAUGCAGUUAAAUGUUUUAAAGAGCUACAGGAACCCCUGUCUGCCUGGGUUAGAGUUGGAGAAGCACGCACAUUGGGUACCCAGCUCAAUUUAUCAGCCAAGUUUUUGGCUUCUCCGUGUGCUGGGCAUGGGCAGAGCCACCUCAUCACCAGCAGUGGUGACUUGGUUUCCAGGCAGCCAUGGCCAUGUCUGAUCGUAGUCUCUAACUGCCCAGUCUCAAUGGCCUUGGAGAGCCACUUCCCCUUUGCCUCUUGCUCUCCCAGCUGGACCCUGGCGUUGCAGCAGGGGUCACCCACGGACACUACCAGGAAAUGAGCAGCUGAGGUCCUAGAGCCAGGGGUGAACCAGGUAUGCUCCUGGUGACCUCUGACCAGGGCAGAAAGGCUCCACGGGCCUGUUUAGCCCGCUCUGCAGCCACUAGAAAUAGCUGCCGUGUUUCCCACAGAGCAAAGGGGCAAAGCCAGGCAUUUGCCAAGGCUCUGAAAGAUGGAGCCAGGCCCUAGAGGCAUUGUAUGUGUCUCAUCUCAACAAGGAGCAGGAGAGCAAGAAGUCCAUGUCUGUCCUUCUCACCUCUUCCAUGCCUGCACACUGAGUUAGAGCGACACCUUUGGCAGGACCCUGUGUACAGGUUUUGGUGCCAUCUUGAGUCCCAUCUGAGACCUGGAUAAUUAGAAGGCAUACCGUCUUAACAGGGAACUGUGAAAACCACACCCACCAUGGCCCCAGGAUACUGGGAUGCAGCUUCUAGGUCCAAGACCUUCAGCUGCAGGAAAUGGGUACUCGGGAUCUAGGAAACACAGUAUUGUCCUCAUUUGGCGGGUGAGAUGCGAGAUCCUCUGAGGAUCCUUAAGGCUCACACAACAGGAAGUGGCAUGGCCAGAAUCCCAGCCCCCCGCAUCUAGUCCUGGCCUGCUUGCCUCACUUCUCAGGAAGCUCAAUACUGCCCAAGUCUUCUUUCCCUCAACUCACCUGGAAAGCCUGGGCUUCCACAUCUGUGUAGAAGGUUCUGGGCCACAGUCCCUAGGCUGCCCACACCCUAGAGGGGACAAGUGUCCUCUAAGGCCUGUGUAUUUGUUGCCCUUCUGCACUGGAGUGUCACAUGGGGCUGCUCUAGAGAGGGACCUUAGGCCACCCCUUUCUGGGAUCUUGUGGCCACACCCCUCUUGGGCAGCACCCCUCACCCAUUUUCCAGGCUCACUGCCCAUUUUGUGCCCUGUGAGCCUCAAAAGCCAAGAGUAUGAUGGGGGGAGGCCAGGUGACACCCCCACCCCAUUUGUGGCAGCCAUAUCCCUGUCCACUAGAACUUCCUGGAAAACGUUUGUUUCCCAAACAACGUGGACUUCUUCACUUCCUGCAUCCUCGGCACCGUCUUGGGGUUGGCUUCUUGGGCAACUGUCCUGCAGGGGCUGUGACACGGGUUUUCACUUGUUAAACAUCUGCUCACCAGUGUGGCUCAUGAUCAGGACAUGUGGUUGAGAACUGGGGCCAGAGGCAGAACCUGUGAGCAGCUCUCAGACCAGAGGCCAGAGGCCGGGUUAGAAACUGAUCUCUCGUUCUGGAGUUGCAUCCUGUGCUAGUACAUAGUAGGUACUCAGGAAAAGACUGCAGAUGAGUUCAAGGGCCAGGUUAUACAUAGUCAGGAGUUUAGUGAAAUAGCAUCACAUAUAUAUAUGGACAUAAAGUCACUCAACAGUCAUUUGCUGAGUACCCUCAGGAUCUGAGUGGCUGUGCGGAGGGCACAGAGAGGGUGUGCCCAGCCCUGAUGCCAGAAUGGUGCCACCAACAAGGUAAGACAGGGCAGGACACGUGGGCUUUCUUGACCAUUCUGUUGCCUUGGGUCCAUUUAGUUACAAUGCCCACAAAGCUUCCCACACCCACAUUAGAUAUGUGGGGGUCCCUUGUGGUAAGUGAGCUCUUGCCAAACAUCCAGGACCCCACCAGUUAAUAGCCACCUUCAGGUUCUUGCAGGGAGUCUCUGGGGAGACAUAUUCCGGCUACUUCCAGGAGCUGGGAGCCACAGGAGCCCCAAGUCCCAGCUGAGAGUGGCAUUGUGCAGCCUCGGAGUCUGGGAAGAAGCAACUGCACUGCACCCUCCGUCCCGUCCUGGCUGGGGCCCUGGCUCAGGAACACACAGCCCCCCAGCUUUUCUCAGUUUUCAGUGUCUCACCCGGGUCCCUAAUGGAACUGCCCAUGCGACAAUCUGUCUGUGCCUUAUGGAGGUGUGUGUGCGUGCACUUUUUACCCUUUCCAGUGCAACUCUUCAAAGUGGACAAGAAGCUAGCAGAUGUGGUUGGGCUCCAGAUGCUGGCGGGGAGUCCCCGAGACCCUCCUGUGGUUUGCUGUUGGACUGAUAAUGUUCAUCCCCACCCCAUUCCCACUACCUGUGUACAGACCCCCUGAAACAUGUCUGUCCUUUAUGAUUCAAUACUGUGACUCUCCAGCCCUGUCUAAUCUUUGGGGAGCUGUACUAAAGGCCUGAGAGCUUGGGGAGUGAGCCGGGAAGGGUUUGCGCUGAUCUUUGUGUGUUGUGUGUUCUGAUAUUUGUCUGUUUUUAUCUGUUUUGUAUUAACAUAACUUUCCUGUUUGAAAAACAAAUACAAC